AAGCAAUAAUCGCAAAAAGUCUGCAAUUGGAACUACUUCACUUCUAUUCACUCGGGAACUAAAAUCACAUUCAUGAUCCAACCCAAAUGAUCGAGAAAGAGAAGACAACAGUUUCCUAGGAGAGCUCGAACGAAGGUUGAAGAUGACUCGUCACAUCCAGAUUCUGCUUCUUUUAGUGUUAAUGGCUUCGUUUGCUACGGCGGGAUUGGAAAUUCAGGGCUUUGAGGUUUUCCUGGAUUGAAACUCGUAGUCCAAUUCAUCUAUCAGGCUACCAGAGCUUCAGAGGCGACGGAGCUCAUCUAAAGUUUCUUCAACUCUGAUCCAUCAGCCAUCAUCCAUCAUCCAUCAUCCAUCAUCCAUCGUCAAAAGUGUCACCUUUCCCAGCUACAGGAGCUUUCAGGAAAGAAAAAUUAUUACUGAAGAAAGAGAAAAAGGAGUGAAAAAGCUGUCAGUGCUUUGCUUCAUUAAAGAUCCCAAGCGAAAGCGAAGGGACUCAUGGGGAGGGCCAAAGCGUUGCAGUCACUCUCACAGUCUGAGUCUAUUCUCUUUUUCUUCCUUUUCCUUCUAAUGCUCAGCUAGAUCAAGUGUUUCUUAAUUCAUUUUUACCUAAAAAGUCAUGAAAAAAAUAGGUGUUUUUUUUGUGGAGAAUUAAUAGGUAGGAAAAGAAAAACAAAAGCCUACCAAAAAUACAGUGGAAAUCGGAAAAUCCAACGGGGAAUCUCGAAAAGAUCAAGCAGCCACGGUAGCGAAGGGAUUGUUAGGAAAAAAACAGAAAAUAACGAAAACCAAUGGAUUCUAAUUUUAAAAAUGGAUUUUUCUUAUUAAAAAAUUUGGAAUGAAAAUGUUGGAGCUGAAAUCUGAAUACGUGUAGGAAGGAGCGGUUUAGGAGGAGAUGAAAGAGGUUGGGAUCCGAGUAAAGGUGUCGUUGGUGCAGUGACUGCAGCUGUGGCGUACGAGGCUCGCUGGCGGUGGUGGUGGUGGUAGUGGCGGUUGGCGGAGGAUGAAUAGGGACUGCUUAGGGUUUUGAAAUAAAAGAAUAAAAGCAUAGCGGAGGGCACGGUCGGCCUUCUCGAGUUUCGGCCGUGUUUCUCCGAUCUGCAACUUUUGUUAUUUCAAGAAUCUGAAGCUUGAAUGCUUCGAUCUAUCUUCUACCAUCUUCAACUUUCAAGUAGUUCCAAGCAUUCUUGCUAGUUUACUCCGACGGUCGUUCUGUCCUUCAUCGAAUUUAUGGGGUGGUCCAAGCAAAUCAAAGGGAUUGUGGUUGUUCAACCUGCAUUACAGUGAUUUGGGAUUAUCAGGAAGUUUCAUCAAUAAUGGAAAAAUCAGUUUUCAUUUCAAACAUUUCUUUCUGGUAACAUUUGAGUGGAUUUCGACAAAUUCCCGGUGAGUUCUUAUGCUAAAGAGUCCGUGAUCUUUCGAGGAUAAUGAUUUCAUCGGACGCGAACAAGUAAAGAUAACGAGAAAGGGUUUGAAGAUGAAGAAUGAACCGUAACGUAGAUCUCGCUUUAAUGCAAUUCUUUCAAUGCGAUAACUCUGUCCGGUGACGGCGCUUGCAGAGGUGUAAAAUUGCUGGCUUUUCAACUCUGCACUGAUCCAACUGUUCGUCGCCGGUCACCGGAUUCCUCCAAAAAGGUUGAAACUUUGCGGGUCCCCUUUGAGAUUUAAUUCGAUAGCCCCAUCGCCAUCAGGAACCAUCUGUGUGGUGUGGUUUCAAUGUCGCUAAAAAGUAUUGUUCGUGAGCUGAAAGAGAUGAGAGAUGGGAUAGGGAACAUGUCGUGGAGAGGGGUAGAAGGGAAGCAUGCGCCCAGCCGCACCAGAUCGCACAUCAACUCCGAUGGGUAUAGGUUGCAUGUUGGAUCCCUCCAGCAGAGCCGUUGGGCUAACCUGCCGCCGGAGCUGCUUUUAGAUGUUAUCCAGAGGUUGGAAACGAGCGAGACGACAUGGCCUGCGCGGAGGCAUGUGGUUGCAUGUGCCUCUGUUUGCAGGUCAUGGAGAGAGAUUACAAAAGUGGUUGUGAAGAACCCAGAACAAAGUGGGAGGCUCACAUUCCCUAUAUCAUUGAAACAGCCCGGUCCGCGUGAUUCUCCCAUACAGUGCUUCAUAAGGAGGGAGAGAGCAACUUCUACUUAUCGCCUGUAUCUUGGUCUGACCCCUGCUUUGUUGGGGGAGAAUGGGAAAUUGUUAUUUGCAGCACGAAAGAUCAGAAGGGCAGCAGGUACAGAUUUUGUGAUAUCCUUGGAUGCAAAUGAUUUCUCCCGUGCAAGCAAUACAUAUGUUGGAAAAAUGAGGUCGAAUUUUCUAGGGACGAAGUUCACCAUUUAUGAUAGCCAGCCUCCAUAUGACACUGCAGUCCAAUCAAAUAGUCGGUCCAAUCGAAGAAUUCAUGCUAAGCAGGUGUUGCCAAGGGUCCCUGCUGGUAAUUACAAUGUUGCCACAAUCUCCUAUGAACUCAAUGUUCUUCGCACUAGAGGCCCAAGGAGGAUGCAAUGCACCAUGCAUUUCAUCCCUGUCUCCGCAAUUCAAGAGGGGGGAUCUGCUCCAACACCAACUGAAUUCUCCAACUCCCUUGAUGAGCAAUUUUCUUUCUUAUCGGUUUCUAAACCCAAUAAUCCAGUUGUGGAUAUCAGCUCCAGUAGCCUCCCAGAGCGACCAGCUUUAGUCCAUGGUACAGGGGAACCACUGGUUUUAAAGAACAAAGCACCUAGAUGGCAUGAGCAGCUGCAGUGCUGGUGCCUAAAUUUUAGGGGACGUGUUACUGUGGCCUCAGUUAAGAACUUCCAGCUUGUGGCAGCUGUGGAGCCUUCUCACCAGGUUUCGGUGGCAGAGCAAGAAAAGGUGAUACUGCAGUUUGGAAAAAUAGGGAAGGACAUAUUUACAAUGGAUUAUCGUUACCCCCUCUCUGCCUUCCAAGCCUUUGCAAUCUGCCUUAGCAGCUUCGACACCAAGCCAGCAUGUGAAUGACUUCUUUUGUUGUCAUUGAUCUUGAAUAUGGCUCAUGUCCAUAGGAAGUUGGUUGUAAAUAUUUUCAAACUAAGGCUCAUUAAAAUCUGCUGUUUGUCAUCAUUUAGUCUCUCAGCUGUGCAGGAAUUUGUUGAUCUCUUGGCUGAAUUGUGCACAAAACAUGCCUUGUAAGAUGCAGUCCUAUUUUAUCUAUGGAUGGUAGUUAUAAUGUAAUGCUCUUUCUAAA